AUGUAUAUGAAAUAUAAAAAGAGUUUAGUCUACACUCAGUGCUGUGUAUUAAGAAUUCACAAGGGAAAACAAUACAUAUUUUACAUUAUCCAUAUCUGAAUGUAACAAAGAGAGCAAUACAUAUACUUACUUAUAUCAAUUGCCUAUUUCAAAAUUGCAGCAGUUAGAAAAACGAAAAUGAGCAGGCCUACAAGAGAUGACAUGAGGAAGUCUUCUAUGCACAAUGUCAAGAGGUUUGCAUUUAAUAAAACGAAUGUAGAACAAACAUCGCGUAUUCCUUUGGGUAAACGUGAUUAUGGAUUCCUAAAGACAACAAAUACGUCAACGCCAUUUCCAAAGAAAGCGGAUCCAAUUAGUCCACAAAUGCUUGUGGAUCGCCUUCAAGGCGCUGUGGCUCAUUCAGUUGUUUCAGACACGUCAUUGUCGAGUACCUCAUCAGGUGAGCAGUACAUUAACCAGCCGAGGAUCAAUGCGAAAACAGCGGGAAUGUCAUUUGAGAUGAAACGGAAACUGUUCCAUGAGGGAGAAUUUACCAUAACAAAGGGCCUGAAAACCAGUGAGCUACAUCAUCCAUUACAAGAUUUCGAUGCUAUGCGCAAGAAUUCGAUGAAGGACUCACAACUGUUUGCCUUAAGCGAAAUGGAAAAUUAUUGUCGCACUAUGAAUAUUAAAAUAACCAAGGGCUAUGAAAAUUAAAAUACUCGUUUUAAACUCUAUAUACCGAUAUUCUAUUGUACUAUUUCAAUAAAGAAAUUGUGAAUUACAGAUUCCAUUAUGAUAA